UCAAUAAAACAAAUAUUUUUUUUUUAUUUCAUAUAUAAAAUUAUGUAACUGGCUCCACCAAGCAACCCUGUGACUGAUCCUGGUACUUGAAUCCAACCGAACUUAAUCUGAAAAUAAUUCUCCGCCGAUGUCCUGCUCAGCACCGCCGUCACUUCUACUGUCGUCCCCUCAUCUUCUCCUCCCCGUUGCGCCGCCACUCACCGUUUCUCCAUCCCGCUCAUGCGAUCCUCGCUCCGGCGAUGUCGUCUCCUGGACCUCCUCUAUCGGCCGCCUUGCCCGCCAUGGCCAUCUCGCCGCCGCCGCGGCAGAGUUCUCCGCUAUGCUUUCUUCCUCAACCUCCCCAAACCACGUCACUUUCAUCACUCUCCUCUCUGCGUGUGCCGACUUCUCCUCCUCCCCUUUCUCGUUCCAACUUGGCCUAUCCUUGCACUCGCUCGCCCUCAAGCUAUCCCUCUUCUCCUCCCCCCGUUCCCUCCUCCUCCUUACUACCGCCCUCAUAGAUUUCUACUUCAAAAUCGGCUUCACCGUCGUCGCCCGACAACUAUUCGACCGAACGCCUUUAAGAAACAGAUAUACCUACAACGCCAUGAUCGCGGGACACAUGAAGAAUGCUCAGAUAAACGAGGCGUUGGACAUCUUCCUCCGAAUCCCUUCUAGAGAUCUGGUCUCUUGGACCGCCAUCAUCGAUGGCUGCGUCAAGAACGGCUUCCCGGAAGAGGCGUUGGAACAUUUUCGAAAGAUGCAAGUUGAAAGGAUUGAUCCUGAUUACGUCACCGUCAUUGCCGUCGCCGCCGCUUGUUCCGACCUCGGCGCGCUCGGACACGGCAUGUGGCUUCAUUACCUUGCACUUAAGCGAGGCCUUCUGGGAAACGUGCGGGUCGGCAACUCACUCAUCGACAUGUAUUCCAAGUGCGGCCGCAUAGAUUUUGCCCAGCAGGUAUUCGACAAAAUGCCAAAGCGGACACUAGUUAGCUGGAACUCCAUGAUCAUGGGGCUUGCAGUUAACGGUCGCUCUGCCGAGGCUCUCCUGCUAUUCUCAGCAAUGCAGGGAUCGGAAUUCAAGCCUGAUAGUGUCAGCUUCACGGCCGCGCUCACCUCUUGCAGCCAUGCCGGGUUGGUCGAUGAUGGGUUAUAUCUGUUUCAGCUGAUGCAGAGGAAGUAUGGGGUUACAGCAAGAGCAGAGCAUUAUGGAUGCCUGGUGGAUCUGUUAGCUCGGGCCGGGUUGAUCGAGAAAGCUGUAAGUUUGGUCGAAAGAAUGCCAAUGAAGCCAAAUGAGGUUAUGUUGGGGUCUCUCAUGGCAGCCUGCUGUGCGCACGGGGAUGUCAGGGUGGCGGAGAGAUUGAUGGCUCUUCUCAUACAGGUGGAGCCUGAUACUGACUCAAACUAUGUCUUACUGUCAAACAUCUAUGCCGCCAUGGGUAGGUGGGAGGGUGUGGUUAAGGUUAGGAGCUUAAUGAAGGAGCUUGGAGUGAAGAAGAAGCCAGGUUUCAGUGCAGUAGAAAUUGACUCUAUUGUCCAUCAGUUUGUGGCCGGAGAUCAUGCUCAUGCUGAGACUGAAGAGAUAUAUGAUUUGCUAGAUCUGCUUCACUUUGAUUUGGAGUUUUAUGGUUAUGAGCAUACAAUAGCUGCUGGAGCCAUUGCUGAAGCUUUUUCUGAAGGCUUUAUAGAUUGAGAGAGAAUAAAAAAGCCAGUUAAAAGGAGUUUGAAUGGCUACAUUUUUUUAAAUAUGAGGUGCUGAUUUCAUAGACGUGGAAAGUUGAGAAAGAACACAACUUUAUAGUAAGAAAAUGGAGCUAUCGAUCUAUAUGUGGAUUUUAGGCCUUGGAAGGAAAUGGCAGCUUGUAUGAAGAGAGUUAUUUAUUGUCCAGAAGAUAGUGGAAGCUGAAGAACUUAGCAGUCUGAAAGAAUACACCUCGUAGUUUGCUCUUCGGGGCUGUUCGGUUUGGCGCAUUUAACGUGCACUGCAAAAUGAAUACGCCCAUUUUGUUUGGUCCGAUCCAAAGUAAAGUUACAGCUAAAUUAAAGCAUUCCGAUACGCUCCACAAUGUAUUUGGGGUGUAUUUGAAACAAAUACACCGGCUCUCUCUCGCACGAAAAGGCAAUUGUUGCUUCCGGCCCAUGAUCUCGCAUCCUGCCGUCGAACUUCCCACAUAGCUCGAAUCUGUGACCUAGCUUCGCUUGUGCCUGCGACACUCUGGCCGGCUUCCCUGCACAGUUCUCCCACCCGCUAUAGCAGGAGAGAUUAUUAACACUAAAAGCAAGGUGGUGAUCAGUAACUGUGCUUUUAUUGUUCAGAGUCACAAAAUCAAACGGUUCUCUACGUCUGAACUCCGCACUUAAUAAUCUCUCAUGCUACAGCAACCCGUGACCUAGCUUCAUUUGUAACCAAGUAUCGCCGCCAAGUCACGUCUCGACGCAGCAGCAGCCACAUCCUCUUCAUCUCCUUCACUUGCGCUAGAGCAAGCUAGGGUUUGAAGGUACCUCAUCCGCGCGGUUUCUUAGUAUGGUUUUGUUUUAUCCUGAGAGCUACUUAGGCUUAGUUUGGGACAACUUUUUUACUGCUUCUUAAAACAGCUUUUGAGUACAAAAAAUUUAACUUUUUUAUUAAAAAAAAAGCUGUUUUAUGAAGCAAUAAGAAAGCCGUCCCAAACUAAGCCUUAAUCUCAUUUUUAGCAUCAAUAUCAAAGGAUCAUUCUAAUUUGUUGGCAUCAUGCUUUAUACAUAUGGAAAUUUGUUUUCAAACUUAUCAACUAUGAAAUAGUUAGGUGCUUCACGCGUGAAUACAUUAAUUUUUAGCAAA